AUGUUCCAGUUCACGCUGCAGGAAGCUCUAGGAGCAUUGAAAAAGGCUUGGCGCGUGGCCUACGUCGUUCCAUUCAUCAUCAUCACUACUGUGGCAUUGGGUAUGUUGUUCCUUUGUGAGGACACUCCGACGGGCAAAUGGUCGGAGCGUCAUCUUUGGGCUGAAGAGAUCAACUCCACCAACUUAUUCUCCGACGGCAACAUCGUCAAUAUCAACUCUGGAACCACCUCCUGUGGACCGUCAGGCCCUUCAUCCGUCUACAAUAUCACAGCUGACGUGGAAAAGAAAAGCGCUCCGAAUCCCCCACUCUUUGACAAAGACGCCUCUGCAAUGGGUCAGAUCGAUAUCUUCAAGUCUGACACAGUUGUCGCCCCCACACGCAAGGAAGCUUUCGGGGUUGCUUUCAGUUUAUCCACACUGGCCGUGGCAAUACCAUACGUCUGCUCGUUCGGUGCUGAAUUGGCCAUCAACUCAAUCCUUGGAACAUACUAUGCAGCGAAUUUCCCAACCAUGGGCCAGACAGAAUCUGGUCGCUGGGCUGCCAUGUUCGGUCUGCUGAAUGCUCUCUGCCGUCCCGCAGGCGGCUUCUUCGCAGACGUUUUCUAUCAUUACACAGACAAUGUCUGGUCAAAGAAGCAUUUCCUCUCCUUUUUGGGGCUUGUUACGGGAGCAUUUCAGCUCGCGAUCGGAUUGUCCAACCCGACGACUGAGACGACCAUAUUUGGUCUCAUAGCAGGACUGGCGUUCUUCCUCGAGGCAUGCAACGGAGCCAACUUCGCCGUUAUUCCUCACGUGCAUCCCUAUGCCAAUGGCAAGCUCUUCCGUUUCCACUUUUGGUGUAAUUCUCGCUUGUAG